CAGCGACAGCCUGCGGUGUAGCGACCGAGAGUGGUCCACACGGAGAGUUCAUCCACAAAUGGGCCAUUGUAACAAGUAGCACCUCUUCUACUUCAAGCCAUCCGCACCUUACAACCGCACCUGGUGCCAACAGCAGCAUCCUAAUCUUAAAGGUUACCAUUUUCCAUCUUUGAGCGGUUUUCCACCUAAGGUCGGAGAAAAUGGCAGCAAUUCCAUCAAGUGGCUCCCUCAUUGCCACCCAUGAUUACUAUAGAAGGCGCCUUGGGUCUACCUCCAGCAACAGCUCUUGUGGCAGUGCUGAGUACACAGGAGAGGUCAUUCCACACCCCCCAGGACUUCAAAGGCAAGACUCUGGCCACUGGUGGACUUCAUUUUUCUUUGCAAAACCGAACCAACCAGGCAUCCAGAAUGGAUCUGAAAAUCAAAAGAACAGAACCUACACAGUGGCCAACGGUCAGGUGACCUGCAUCGCCAGGGAAAUGGUUUUGAACAGACAGAUCAGCGAAAGCAGUGAUAAUGUAAAGUCUGAACCCUCGUCCCCCCCACCAACUUCUUCCUAGACUCCAUUCCCUGCCCCACCACCUGCCCCUCACCUCCGUCACCCUCAUCUUGCCAUCACAUGGUUCAGCACUGGAGAUGGAGAUGAUGGUGGUGACGAUGAUGUUUUUUACCUUUAGUAAAUAGAGUUUGCUUUUCCUUUUUGCCUAUGUAUAGUAUGUUUUAUUAUGACCAAAGGUUAAAAAAAGAAUGUAAAAAGUUUUUUUCAUUUUAUUCUUCUUGUAACUUGACACUGUUUAUAAUAAUAAA